AAAUAAAGGAAAAGAAAACGAAGGGAGCCACCGUCGUCUACGAUAACAAACACCCUCCGGAAACGGCCAGAUCGUGGGGAAGGUCGUGGUGGUGCCGUUCUCCAUUUCCUGUGCCGCGGUGGCCGCGAGUUCGCUGCUGCUCACGACAUUCCCACGCUCCGCAGCCCGCAGGAUUCAGGACCCCGGCCAUCCUCUGAUUUUGCCCCUGAAGUCCUGAACACAGGCAACUCCUGCUGCAGCUGCUCUGCUACCUCGUCAGCCAUGACCGCCGCCGCCGAGGUCGGGCCCUGCGCCGUGCCGGCGGAUGCUGCGGGGCGCUUUGCCCCUUCAGCGCAGCGCGUCCAUCUCUAGGCUGAUGGUGUAGGACAGGGGAGAGAGGGAGUGUGAGACAGAGCAGAGAGCGAGAGAGAUGGGGGCAAUUGGAGGCAAUGACAUGGUGCAAUGGGAUAAGGUGGAUGGAGCUGAAGUGGUCAAUGGUGGCGGAGGUGGUGCCGGGAAGCUGGAGAAGAUACUGGUCUCGGUGAGGCUGAGGCCGCUGAGCGAGAAGGAGAUUGCGCGGGGGGACCCAGCGGAGUGGGAGUGCAUCAACGACACUACUAUCAUCUCCCGAAGCGCCUUUCCGGACCGGCCAACAGCUCCGACUGCGUACUCCUUCGAUAAGGUAUUCCAUUCUGACUGCAAUACCAAAGAAGUGUACGAGGAAGGGGCCAAGGAGGUUGCCCUCUCUGUAGUUAGCGGCAUUAAUUCUAGUAUUUUUGCAUAUGGUCAAACUAGCAGUGGAAAGACGUACACCAUGACUGGAAUAACGGAAUGUACAGUAUCAGAUAUUUAUGAUUACAUUGGCAAGCAUGAGGAGAGAGCAUUUGUGUUGAAAUUCUCAGCAAUAGAAAUAUAUAACGAAGUUGUAAGGGAUCUUCUUAGUUCAGAAAACACUUCUCUUAGACUUUGGGAUGACGCAGAGAAAGGGACCUAUGUAGAGAACCUUAAAGAGGUGAUAUUGAGGGACUGGAACCACCUCAAGGAACUUAUUUCUCUAUGUGAAGCUCAAAGGAGAACCGGAGAGACAUACUUAAAUGAAAACAGCUCCAGAUCACAUCAAAUACUUAAAUUGACUAUUGAGAGUUCUGCUCGUGAAUUCUUGGGUAAGGACAAGUCAACGACGCUUGCAGCUAGUGUGAACUUUGUUGAUUUGGCAGGAAGUGAACGUGCAUCUCAGGCACUGUCAGCUGGUGCUAGGCUGAAGGAAGGUUGCCAUAUUAAUAGAAGUUUACUUACCCUAGGAACUGUCAUUCGGAAACUAAGCAAGGUAAGAAAUGGGCACAUACCAUAUCGAGAUUCAAAGCUCACGCGCAUAUUACAACCUUCUCUGGGAGGAAAUGCAAGAACUGCAAUUAUCUGUACAAUGAGCCCAGCCCGAAGCUACAUGGAGCAAUCAAGAAAUACCCUGCUAUUUGCAAGUUGUGCGAAGGAAGUAGUUACAAAUGCGCAGGUCAAUGUAGUCAUGUCUGAUAAAGCUCUAGUUAAGCAUUUACAAAGAGAACUUGCUAGGUUGGAGAGCGAGCUGCGGUAUCCAGCUACCUAUUCCAGUCUUGAAGCAUUGGUAAAGGAAAAGGAUAACCACAUCCGGAAGAUGGAGAAAGAAAUUAAAGAUUUGAAGGUACAACGUGAUCUGGCUCAAUCUAGGCUGCAGGAUUUGCUCCAGGUUGUUGGAGAUAACCAUGUUACAAAGCGCCCCCUGGCUUCUGGGAGGAACUUUACCUUUGAUGUGCCUCAGCCAUGCGAAGAUCAGAAAUCAACAAACGAAUCGUCACAAGUAGUUGGCACUGCCCAAAAUUUCAGGUUCCAAGGACACCAUGCAGCACAAAGGGAACAUGGUUCUCAGCAGUCCGAAAACAGUGUGCAGUUUCCUACCCCAUCUAGUUAUUCAGUCAGCAGUCCUCCGUUCAGUGGGAUGCCCCCGACCAACAGCAGAGAUGAUGUCUCUCAGAUCUCAAAUGAAGAUUCAGAUGUUGUUUGCAAAGAAGUGCGUUGUAUAGAGACCAAUGAAACCGAAGGAAAUGAUGGUUUGGACUCAUUGGCUACGGGGAACAGUAGUUUACCAGAUUCGAAUGUAGGUACUAGUAUGCAUGGAAAUAAUGGUGCUAGCCACCAUGAUGUAUCUCCUAUUACCCUGGAGCAACAUUUAGUAACUGUCAGAAAACCUUUUGCCAAUCUUGUUGAAGAUCUAGGAUCUUCAACACGAAAUCCAUCCAGCUCUAAAGGAAUUGGCAGAAGCAGGAGCUGUAGGUCUCUGAUGGGUUCUACUUUAUUUGAAGAUUUGGUGAAAGAUGAUUCUACACCACCAAGCAGAAGAUUCAUGGACUUCCCUGGGAGACCUGAAGGGUGUGAAAGAAGGGUCAAUGCACUGAACUAUGAUGCAGAAAGUGAAACUCUGUCACGGGCAGGGUCAAUGCUUUCUGAAAUUACUACUACAAGGGGUGGACCCAGAGCAAACGAUUCUGUUGCAGGUGACACAGAAUUCACUGGAAUAGGUGAAUUUGUCGCUGAACUGAAAGAAAUGGCUCAGUAUCAGAAGCAACUCGGUGGUCAGCGUGGCAAUGGAGAAUUAGCAGAAGGAACCAUCAGGAGUGUUGGACUGGAUCCGAUUAUGGAUGCCUUGCAAUCACCUUCGCGAUGGCCACUCGAAUUUGAGAAGAAACAACAAGAGAUUAUUGACCUUUGGCAUGCCUGCUAUGCUUCCUUGGUUCAUAGAACUUACUUCUUCCUGUUAUUUAAAGGAGAUCCAGCUGACUCCAUUUACAUGGAAGUGGAGAUAAGGAGGCUAUCUUUUCUGAAGGAUACAUAUUCCAAGGGUGGCAUGGAAAGCAAAGCCGUAAUUGGUAGCUUGAAUACUUCCUUAGUUUCAAGUGCCAAGAAGUUGCAACGUGAAAGGGAGAUGCUAUGCAGACAAAUGCAAAAGCGGCUCUCGAUUGAGGAGAGAGAGAGUAUGUACACCAAAUGGGGAGUUUCACUGGCUUCCAAGAGGAGAAGGUUGCAGGUCGCUCGUCGCCUUUGGACAGAAACCAAAGACCUCGAGCAUAUAAGGGAGAGCGCUUCGCUUGUUGCCCGAUUGAUCGGACUCCUGGAGCCAGGAAAGGCGCUGAGGGAGAUGUUUGGGCUAAGCUUUGCCCCGCAGCAGUUCACUCGACGAUCCCACAAUAGCUGGAGAUAUGGUCGUUCUUCUCUGGACUGAUUAAAAGUUAAACCCUACAAGAUACAAAAGAACAAAAAGAGGCUACCCUUUCUCCUUGUUUCGUCCCCACGUACCUUGUUGGCUAUAGAAUUUUAGGAACAUUGGUAGUUCUAGGUUCUUGUGGAUAGAUCUUACACACAUUAACGUUGAGUUGGAUUGGGAAAUUCUGUGUACUGAACUGGAAUAUUAAAUUUGCAAGAAGUGCAAGAUUUCUGUAAAGUUGACAUAUUUCCCUAUAUAAUGUGUUCCUCUUUUUACAAA